AUGUCAAGAGGACCCCCAAACGCUGAGCAGCGCUGGAUCAAUACACAGCGUUGGGUCAGUGAAUUUUCAACCACGGAAGAAUUUAAACUUCUCCACGACCUUGUCACCAAAGAUGAAGCCACAGCCCGCGAUGCAGUCCAGCAAGUCGACAAGAUGGCUAUCGCAGCCACUGCAGCCCGUGGUACUGGACGGGGCGUGGCCAGUCUGGUCGACUACAAUGUUUCCCUGUCAGUCCUAGAGCUUGCACAACAGCUCGAACCUACCAAGCAAACAAAGCUAGUCGAGUUCAUGUCACUGCUCCAACAAAAUGAACAAAAGAACCCUGCAACUGGUGAGACGUUGCUGGUGGACAGUGGAAGGCUGUUCCAAGACUUGCCCUCCUUUGGGUACACUGAAUUAGAAAGCUGGGUCCAAUUUGGUGGCGCUCACGUAGAUCCCUGCGACCCGGACAUGAUUCCUGAGCAGAAGCAGCGAUUUGCAAACUUGAAUGCUUUUAUUGCGCAACUCAGUCAGGCUGCCGACGUGUCAGUUACGCCCCCAGAUCAGAUCCAUCCCUUGGACAAGACGCUCCACGCCAUUUGGACGAUGCAAAAAGCAUUUGAAAACAAGUCUCGUCUUCCUGCGGAGCUCGUCGACACAGCCGCGAUGCGUGCCGCGUGCAUGUGGUUUAUAUACGCUUCAGACAGGCUCAUGGACAACGUGCGCAGCUUUCGCACGUUUAUGGACAGUGCCAGUGCCGGAGCACACAACUCGAGAGAAGAAUAUGCAUCGCAAGGCUACAAGGGAUAUGCGCUUGGCAGAUGGCAGCUUUGGCGGCAGGGCCUCGGUCAAGCACUGGAGGCCUGCAGUGAUGAAGAGACAAAGUUGUUGAUUGGAGACGCCCUUGCCAAAAUGGAAAGUGCAGAGAAAAAAGACUAA